AUGGCCACUUCCGUGACACAAACUACAACCAUGUCCAUGUCCCAAGACACAGAUCCCAACCCCAACUCAAACUCUGUGUCAACGAUGUUGAAACUCGGCUCGCCGCUGGAUAAUAUUGAUCGUCACCAACCCGACCAUCCUGAUUCGUCGCCGACCCCCGCCGUGUUUGAUAUUUCGCCCGAGGCUGCAUUACACUUGCUUUGUUUGAAUAUUGAGCGGCUAGGCGCUUACUUCGCUCAAGAAUCUGCCGGCACUGAUGAGCUGCAUGCGCAUGGGUCCAAACCUCGGGACCAUCACGACACCCCUGCUGAGGAUGAGCUCAAGGUGAAAUCUGUCGGGUUGCAUGUUAAGAACUCGAGUGGUUCGGUUGAUCCUGCGAGGGCGACAGAAGAGGCCAUUCAAAUGGCGAUCUUGGCGAAGAAAUUUUUAUCGAAGAAAGUGCCGCCAAUUCCGUUGAACGAGUAUCUGCUCCGUUUGCAUAGAUAUUGUCCCAUGUCCACAGCGGUCUAUCUCGCAGCUAGCGUGUAUAUAUCGAAGAUGACGCUAGUCGAGAACGUGUUGAGAGUUUUGCCGAAGAAUAUGCAUAGGCUUGUGCUUGCUGGUGUUUGGGUUGCUUCGAAGGCUCUGGAGGACUUGAGCUAUCCGCAUAGUCGGGUUGCGAAGGUCGGUGGAGUCAGCGAGCAGGAACUGUCAAAACUCGAAAUCAGCUUUUGUUUCUUGGCCGACUUUGAGCUACGUGUGGAUGCCCAAAUGUUGAUGAACGAAGCCUUGCGCCCUCAGAAUAACCUGGGAUAA